AUGGAAGAGGGUCUCGACGUGGAUGAUCUUUUCGGAGAUCCUAACUCCCUGGACCUGGGACUGCCAACCGCCCAACCAACAAAGGGAUUGGCGCAGCGUCUUGAUGAGAUGCGUCUAUUGGGAUGCUGCCGGAAAAUCGCGUGGUCAAGAUUGGGAUGUAUUGCAUACAUCUCCCAGGAUGGUCUCCAAGUGAUAGUCCGCCAUCUCGCAUGUAGUCCCACCGAUGGGAAAUGGGCAUUGACUGAAGAGUACCCGCAAAAUCAAAUUGCGCAACUCCAUCUUGGUCAACAGCUGCUUCACCUUUGUUGGAAUGAGACCGGCUCUGACCUGGCUGUGCUCGAUGCCUCGGGGCGCAUAUCCAUUUUGUCGAUUCCAGCGGCUUUGAAUAAUCUCGGUAUCAGCCGACAGACUGUGGUUGACCCUCCCGAUGACGGUGCUCAAGUCGUUGGGAUGAUGUGGAUGAACUCGAAUCGUGCCGUGCAUGCAUUCCACCAAGCUGCAAAAGUGAACGGAAGAUGGAACUAUUCUCCUUACCGACGUAAGCCCAUUGGGCCAUUCCAUCCGGCCGGCAAACCGGCGCUUAUUUGCUUUACAAGAAAUGGAAUCAUGAGGUUGCUAUAUCAGAACCCUGACCAAAGAUGGGUAGAGGUCUCUGCUGAAUUAAAGACGACAAAUCAAUCCGACCGUAUCCUUACUCAUGCAGCCUGUCUACCUUCCCCAAACGGUAUUCUAGUUGCUACUCACUCGCUUUCAGAAAGGCUUAGUCUUUACAGGGUACAGAUUAUGUGGAAUCCACCGCAAUGGGAUCAGGCACAACAGAGGCAGGCCUCUGGAGUCACGCCCUUCCCGGUGCCUUCCAUCCGCAUAAUUAACUGCAAGACUGAAACCCCUGGAAGAGUUUUCAGCUUCAAUAAAGAUCAAACUGAUGAUCUGCAGAAUAUAGCUCCCAAUCAGAGCUUUUUGUACCAGCUCACAAACCUAGAGCUCGUUUCAGGACAAUUUGAUAAUACCGGGGCUACGACAUCGCCUCCAUGUAUAUUGGCUGUUUACUCAAGCCCGUAUAACAGUGCGGCCCACGAUCCGCAACAACAAGAGCCACCUGCGUCAGUCAUGGUGAGGUGGCAACUAGAAACUUCUACAUUGAACCUUCAUCCAAUCUUUGAGGAAUCACUAUCAAAAAAGACCAACGGGCAACAAAGGACAAAACUAGAGAUUCGACGCAUGGAAGACAUUCACUUCGACAAGCACGUAGUCUCUAUCGAUCAAAUCGAGUUCGGAUGCGUCCUAGCGAUAACACAUGACGACAGUUCGGUCUCAUUUUUCGACCCCAAAAGCAUGUCUCAGUUUACUGAAGGCGGCGAUAUCAACGCAGUGACUAGCAUAGCUCAAGCCGGCUUCCGUUUUCCUUCUGAUACGCCAGGCUUGAAUAUUUGCUUUUCACCCAAUAGCUGUCUCGCGGUGGUUCUUGAUACGGAUUGGCAAGCCCAGCUAAGAAUAUCCGAUUAUAAUUUUGAGCCUGAAGGUGAUCUACACGACGGCAAGAAUUCAAUCGGAAUCGUAGCGUUAGCCCUGACCUUCUCGCGUGGGUGCGCCAUUGAAUAUAAUACAGAUGAUCUGAUAAUGACAAUAUCUCGUCAUUUGUCUACUGAUGCACAAAACGUCUUCGUCAAUGAAGUGUAUCGAGCUUUGCCCAUCAAUUGCAAUUUCUCCAUGGAACAGGACAAGCCUAUGCAGCAUCCAUAUGUCCCUCGCUGUCUAAGCCUUCAAGCUGCUCUCGGUUUUCAGAACUUCCAGACGCCUCGUGGCCUGCCGUCAUCCGUGCCUUGGGCCGUCCUUCAUCUACGCCACGCAUCCCUACUAUUUGCCUUUUUCUUUCAAUAUAGCAAACAACCGAAGGAGAACGAGACAUUGGAUCAUGAUGUCUUACAAAUGGUAUAUGGUAAUACAAAGUGGGCGUUGGAUUUCACACAAUAUCUCUUGAACGACUUAUUUUCUCUUGCCAAGGAGUUCGAGCCCAUUCUUGAUGACCAAGAGGCACUUGCACAGAAGGUCAAAACGACAUCUUCUUUAUCUUUGACCCUUGUUCUGGCAAGUAUGUCCCGAGCAUUUCUACAUCUGGUUUGUAGGGGUCUACGGGGCGUACAUACCAGUAGCAUAGCGUCUCCUUUUGCAGGGGACGGUCGUGCAUAUAGUAAAGAACUAUAUGCACUCAUUGACAGUGCCCCUGUCCGGUUCAAUGUGUACGAGAAGUUUCUAAAUAGUGUCGAAUCCGCCAUUAAAAACGCCUACCAAAGAGCAGGAUUUGGAGACGACGAGCGCCGGACGCCAGAGAAGGAUAUUUUGGUCAACUCGCGCAUCCCUGCAGUUAUGAUCCCUGUUAUUGUCAGCUUGUUUAAACAGACAAUUCCCGCAAUCCGGACAGAGGUUGAUCAGAUGUCCAUUUACCUCACCGACUAUAGUUGGUUGGGAUUUUGCCACGACCGUCGAACGGAGCAUUAUCGUCAAACACGACAGGUUGACAUCGUGAAAAAGGUUCCAUUGCGAGGGUUUGACUUGAGCAACGGCAUCAUCGAGCCGAACGUUACGAGUAAUGGAAAUAAGGCAGGCUCCUCAUCGCGAAGACGUUGUGUGCGUUGCUGUGAGAUCACAGGUGAUCCUUCCUCACCGCGCUCCAUGUUAUAUUUCCAGCUGACGUUGCGUUUGCAACUCAUUCGGAACUGUCUCUGUGGUGGAAUGUGGACGUGCGAGGAUGGACCGCCUACAACGGCAGGGACAGCAAUGGCAACACAUAAACAAGUUGGUUGA